AUGAGCAUUGUUCUCCGCCCCUCAAGUUGGACGGAGGGAGCCAUUAUGUAUGCUAAAGGGGCUGACACGGCAAUGUUGCCGCUUCUCUCAAGCUUUAAUGGCAUGCUGCAAGAAUACAAGAUGGGCAGGAAUUACGAGGGUGGCGCAGACGCAUCAGGCGAUGAAGCAAAUCUCACUCAAAGGGGGUUAAAUGCCCCAAGAAACGGGAACUCGCACCCAGGCAGGCCCGUACCCCACCGGGGAGGCCCUGGGGACCGCGAAAUCUCAUCGCACACAGGGCACUCAGAUCCAAUGACGUACGACACAUUUUAUGAAGCUUACCACAACUUAUACAAAUACAGUAACGACCCUGGGCUAGCGUUCAAAGGAGUUCCUGUUGGUGGAAGUCGUGGUGAGGGAAAUAUCGCCAUGGUAGAGCAGCACCUUAAGGUCUUUUCUCUGCAAGGCUUACGUACAAUGGUCCUGGCAUGCAAAUACAUGUGUCAAGAUGAAACCGACGCCUAUCAGAGGCUCUACAAUGAUGCUUACGCCUCGGUGUAUAGCCGGGAAGAACGCUUGGAGCAGGUGGCCGAACAGUUUGAGCGCGACUUGGAAUAUCUUGGCAUAACGGGGGUACGCGACAAGCUGCAAGCGUACGUUCCGGAGACACUGGAACUCAUGAUGGAGGCAGGAAUUCGCGUCUGGAUUGCUACAGGCGACGACGUCGAGUAUGCACUGCAUAUAUGUCAUAGUUGCCGCCUCCUUACGAGCCAUACAAAGGUGUUUCAUGCUGCCCUCGCCACACGAGGCAAGAGAGCCAAACGGGAAGGGAUGCUUCUCUAUGACAUGUUCCGGGAGGCUCGAAUUUUGAAGAGGGCUGACGAACACAUCUGUCUUGUUGUUACGGGACCUAAUCUUGGGGCCUUUCUGAACCAUCCGGACCUUCAGACGUGCUUCCUGAACAUGGCGUGUUGCUGCGAUGUCGUCGUGGCGGCGCGUGUAACGCCGACGCAGAAAGCUGAUAUGGUUCGGCUGGUAAAGAAGCGACUAACUCCACAACCUAUUACUCUAGCCAUUGGUGACGGAGGGAAUGACGUGCCGAUGCUGCAAGAAGCCAGCGUGGGUGUGGCUAUCCGCACGGAGCGCGGUGCUUCUGUUGCCGGCUUCGCGGAUUUUGCUAUUUCCGAAUUCAGGUUCUUGCAGCGGCUGUUGUUCGUGCACGGACGCCUGAACUUUUUGCGUAUUUCCAAAGUCAUUCUGUGGACCUUCUUUAAGAGCAUUUUGCUGGCUUUUCCGGUGUUCUUGUUCCAACCUAGUUCUUUUUGGUCGGCUAUUGAGAUCUUUGACCCUGUACUUUACAUGUUGGCCAACUUUGUGUGGACAACACUGCCAUCAAUUAUGUACUCUUUUUCGGAGCAAGACUUACCAGAGCACCUGUUACCCUCGAUUCCUGUUUUGUACACUUUGGGAAGGCGUCGCUUGUAUUUUAAUGGAUUCACAUUUAGCUUUUGGAUUGUUGAGGGAAUCAUUUACUCUUUGCUAACUUAUUACUUGUUACAGGCUGCAUGGAUGGAUUCUAAUGCACUUUCGGGAGGUCCGAACAUGGGCUUCUUCUCCUUCGGCGCUAUCCUUCUCUUUGGUCUGAUAAUGCAGAGCAAUCUGCGCAUAUUGAUGGAGACGCACUUAUGGACGCCGACCUUUCUGUUGACCACCGUGGGCCUUUGCACUCUACUGUACAUCCCCGUUUUGUUUAUAUACUCCGCCACUGGGUGGCCUUUCCCGGGCAUAUUUGGCAUCGCACGAGGCAUUUUCGCCUGGCCUCUGCUCUACUUUGUUGUGCUGUUGUGGGUUGGAGUCGGCUUGAUGUUACAGGUCUUGCUUGCGGGCUUUAAAGCGUCACUUUUUCCCAAUAUCGCAACUAAUGUGAAGCAGUGGCUGGCUCAGCGGCAGGUGGAGCAUGACAGGAGACGGCGAGUUACGGCUUUGCCAUUCGAAGAGCCUCGGCUUCGACUUCUUCCUGGUGGUCAGGACGAAUACGGCUGCUAUUGUGGCAGAAGCAGCCUUAUUUCUGCGAUAAAAAGGCUCUUAUGGAUAUGCGGAUUUGGCAGCUGCCUUCCAGCUCCCGGCCCUGUGCACCAGCUUGUUGAUCCUCGCAUCCUCGCCUUCCUACGUGACAAGUUCAACCCCUUGCGGCAUAGCGACGUGUCUAGCAAGCUGCCACCCCCCAGACGAUUCCGCGUGAACGAGAACUUUGUUACUUACGGAGGCGAAAAGAAAGAUAAAGACGUUGGAACUCUAGAGAAAGACGGUGUAGGCUCACAUGGCAGAGGAGGAGGCGCUGCGGAUGAUGGCUCAAUUGACACAAAUUCUUCGGGGAUGUCAUUUGAUGGCGAUAAGGCUCGGGACCAAGUGAAGCUUGUUAAAGUAUCCCACCUUAUCAAUCGGUUUUCGCUCAAGUUCAAGGACAUGCAACUCGAGGCAGACUAUCAAAUUCAUCAGAAGAAGUCCUUUGUCAAGCGCCUAGUGCCUUGGUACCGCGUCAUUUUUGUGUUUCUGGGGAUCUACCGCAUCAUGGCAUUUCUCGCCGAGUACUUCAUCGACGUUUAUUGGGGAGAUGCGCAGCAUGUUCUGCCAUGGAUGUGCGUUCCAACAGUCAUUGUGGUUUUGGGAUUUAUUGGCGCAACUCUUUCGACGUUCAGCCAUUUCUUUAUGGAUCAUUUUUCUGUGGUUUUAAGUUCCGUCGUGUUCUUGAUGCUGGCCGAGCACGUCACCUUAUACGCUGCUGCGAAAAUGGAUGGAAUCUUGAGUUCCGUGUUGUUUCCUGUCUUCACUUUUGUCAUCCUCCGUAUUUCCUUCUUGCAAGCCGUCAUGUGGAACAUCCUCUUUGUCUCGGCCUUUACUAUCAGAUAUAUUAUUGGACAGAGCCACAGUUACCUCUACCUUUCAGAUCUGUAUGAUCACUUGCCACUUUUCCUUGGAUCCAUUGUAUUUGUCGGCUUCGUUGGAUACCGCUUAGAGUACAACCAGAGGAAGUCUUUCUUAUUAGACUACAGCGUGGAGGCUAGCAGAAGAAAACAACGCGAAAUUCUUAACACUAUGCUUCCCCCCUUCGUCGUGGACCAGAUGAUCAAUGCGCCAUUGAAUGAAGAUGGCAUCCCGUCAACUCUAGAAGCCGAUGACCGCGGAACAGUUUCUGUCGUAUUUUGCGACGUGUAUGAAUUCCAGCAGGUGGUCGCGUCAAUCGAGCCCACACGGCUUGUAGAAGUUUUGGAUUCACUAUUCCUUUGCUUUGAUAAAAGCGCUGAACAGUUUGGCUGCACAAAGAUCGAGACUGUCUUCGAAACGUAUCUCGCGGCUGCUGGCCUCCAGCCCGGAAAAGGAGGCGAGUCGGAUACUUCCCAGACGGACGCAGGAGAUGCAAUGGAUAUGGCAUUAGCGAUGUUAGAAGUCGCAGCUCAGAUUCGCUAUGAAGUGACGCGCGACCUCACCUCUGUCGUCGCCAACGUUGACGAUGAGCAACUAGCACCAGCUUCACGGCUUGGAAGCACUGCAAUGGUGCGGCAGAAGACGUCUACUCUCCGAACAGUCCUCAGAUCUCGACCGCAGCGCAUUCGUGUCAAAAUCGGAAUCAAUUCAGGUCGAGUUAUUAGUGGAGUGGUCGGAGCGAAAAAGCCUCAGUAUGCUCUUUUCGGAGACACAGUCAACACGGCAAGUCGUAUGAAGACAACCGGCCAGCCGGAUUACAUCCAUAUUAGUGAGAGCACGUAUGGUCUAGUCAAGGAGGACACCACGCUUAUCUACGAGUCGCGGAAGACAACUGUGAAAGGGAAGGGAGAUAUGAACACAUACCUCCUUGUGCGGGUGUUAGGUUCAUCUUAUCCAAACUUUGGCGAAGACGAGCCACCUCUCUUGGAUCCAUUGAACAGCAAAGAGGAGUUGCCAACGCAUGACUUUUUGCAAGCUUCGGCUUCAAGUGCGUGGGACAGGCUCCCUGGCUAUUGGACUGGGAAUCCCGACGCCGCUCUCCAUUCCAAUGAGGCACUGCUACAGAGCGCAAUGUCAUUCUCGCAUGAGGAGAAGCACACAUUGGAAGCCCCUGGCGUGCAGGCUCAGUCUCUUCCGUCAACGCCACGUUUGACACCUGGCACGCUUUCUCGUUCUUCUCUCUCUGAGGCGUUAUCACCUCCUGAAGGAUCCAGUCCCAGGACACCUUCCAUCAAUUCUCUCGAACGCACAUCCUCUCGUAACCAUCGUAGCUUUUCAGCGCUCUCAAACGGAGAGAGCGGGGCGCUGAGCAUGACACCACAACAACUGACACGCGCCUACGCUCGACAGGAGAGUGUCUCUCGCGUAUUGGCCUUCGCCAGAGAUGGCCUCCAAACCGCUGUGAAGGAACCAUCAGAGUUAAAGCGGCACGAAAUUGCCCGCCAAGUGCAUGCACAGAUCCUGCGCGAGCAGCUGCACCACGGCAACAGCUCUGUGUGGUCCUCUCAGGAGGACAUGAGCGUUGCAAGCAACUGCAUUCCUCCUAGCGUAGCCUCCUUACCGCAGUUCCGAUAUUCUGUGUCCCAUACCGCCGACAUCCGUAACAACUCUCGAAUUGGCAGGUCCAUUAGCAACAGACAGUCUCCCCGCCCACUUGUGGCGAAGCAGUCUACCAGCGAGGGCCGCGCCGUUGAAAUGCGAAAGCGCCAAACAUUUCCAGCUGAACCGUGUCUCACGACACAGGGUUCGUCGGCAGGGCAUGCCGCAAGCAGGUGGCGUGCGGCAAACGACUUGUUUUUCCACAUAGGAACAGAGGCCCAAGCCAAGUUCACAGGCCUACUAAAGGUGCUGGGAAACAGCAGCAAAGAAGAAGAGCAUACCGUAGAUUUGGGUAUGGACGACGAAGACAAUUUUGAGGCGAGAGAAGCUCGCAUAGGGGUGUCUCGCGAAAGCUUGUUGCUGAUGAAAUUUAAGGACAAGAACAUGGAGGCCCGCUACAGGACUCACUUUUACAACAACAAGUCAAACAUCAAUACUAUAGAGCAGGCAAUCAUCAUUUUUCUGGUCGCGUUUGCAGUGCAAACCCUCGUGCGGCUGUGCAUGCCUUGGCAGUACAUCGAAGUAGUUGAAGGCGUCAAGUAUACGGUGGAGGUCUCUAGCGAACUUUAUUGGGGCGUCCGCGCUACGUAUACGUGUGCUGCGUUCUUCUUGUGGAUUCUCUUUCACUACCGCAACAGAGAUGAGGUGGCGUCUCGCUUGGAAAUUCGCUGGAUGGUAUUUUUGUUGAAUGUGUUAUUUAUCUCGGCGGCCUGCGUCUUUGCACUAAGCAAUAGUUGGAGUAUUCAGACUACGACGCGGGAGCCGCAGGGGGGUGGGGGUGUUGCCACUUCCAGUUUGACCAGCGCUUCUGUACUCUCCCCGGGGGUGGCAAUCCAAACGUCUACCUUGGGAACGGACAUGCUGACUUACUUAAGAGGCGGCCCCACAGUGCGCAUGCCUGAAAACGUUGAUGUGCACUCCCCUGUUUCAUUCCUUUCAUCUAAGUCAGUGACACCCGGUCAACUCGUCGAGGCUAUGGAGAACUGCCCAUAUGAUGUCUGUCCCGGCUCUGGCGCAACUACCCCGACGGAAGAUUUACCAGCGCUUUGGCGGCGGCUGUCAGAUAACGUGCCACCGAAGGCUAUUCCCGCAUCAGAUGUGGUAAAUGUGCCGGGACAACGAGGAGCAUGUUUCUGGCUUGUUUCGGAUAGCGUUGAGCUCUUCUUUUACGUUGUGAUUCUGCAUCACAAUACCGGACUUCUCUUCCAAAACUGCAUUCUCGUCGACAUCCUACUUCUCACCACGUGCCUCACGUUCAUCCUUACAGCAGCUGUUUCCUCAGCCAACACCAUCGGGAUGGUUGUGAACUUCCCGUGUUACGUCUUUUUCAAUCUGGUCAGCGCCUACUGGAAGGAGUACAUUGACCGCUUGACCUUCUACGUCAACGAGCAUGCGAAAACGACGGAAGGUCGCGCCACGCAGCUUCUCAAUGACAUGCUGCCAAAGCAAGUGCUGGAAGAGUUCCAACAGGACAAGCUGCGGCUCGCAUACACCCACGAUCGAAUGACUUUUCUUUUUGCUGAUAUUUGCGGGUUCACGAGUUGGGCAAAAAAUGUGGACGCCUGCGAAGUGGUUACAAUGCUGCAAAAACUGUUUGCAAAGUUUGAUCGUGACAGCACAAAGUACAAGCUCUAUAAGCUGUGCACAAUAGGUGACGCGUACGUAGCGGUCAGCGAGCCAGUUACUGAAGAUAACGAGGACUAUGACCCCGUGGAAGGCACCGGUUUGGUGCUGACCAUGGCACAGUCCAUGAUUACGAACAUCCUCGAAGUCCGCGAGAGGCUGAGCAUCCCAAGCUUGAACAUGCGCAUAGGUCUACACUACGGAACUUGCGUUGGCGGGGUGAUUGGCUCUGGACGGUUGCGGUAUGACUUGUGGGGAAUGGAUGUUCUCACGGGAAAUAUGAUGGAAAGCAACGGACAGCCUGGAAAGGUCAAUGUUAGUGCAGUGCUCCGUGACUUUCUUCUGAAGCACUUCCCAGGGAAGUUCCAAUUUCGCUUUAACAAGACAGUUUGCGUCAUCAACAAGACGGUUGAUUCCUACAUCAUCCACCCAGCAGGAGAAGUGACGGACGAACUCGCUGGAGACCAAGCAGGACCCGAGCCGCCUUUAAUACCACAGCCACCGGGGAUGUCUCCAGGUCCAAGCCGCGAUGACUCCGCCAAGCCAGAACUCCGCGGGAAGAGAUCUCGCAGAGGAUCGAUCAUGGGAGUCCAUGGUUCUGUGGGACGGCGAUACAGCGUCCGCGGCAGCGCUGAGGGCAGCUUACCUGCAGAGUCCCCUCGUGGCAGUCUCCCGUGUGCCAGCAGGCCUGGAUCGCGAGCCAGCAGCUGCCGCAGCUCUGCUCCGCAGGGGGAAGUACAGGACAAACUUUUGGCUAGCCAACAGCUGGACGCAGAGACACAUGCAGGUCAGCUACAGUGCAGACCCGCAUGUACUCGAUUACGUAGUCCUGCAGCUGGUGGAUGCGACCCAACCGCGCUGCAAGACUUCAAUCGCUCGGGCAGCACAGCCCACACAGGCGCCGCGCCGAUGCACCCAAUAACGGAGGAGAAGGCGGCGCCGACUUCAAGUCCAGAUGUUAACAGCGAUAGCUCUCCAGAGAUAUAUUGA